UACGGAUUCUCUGAUUCAAGAAACAAUCAGAAACAAGUUCAAAGACUGCACUGUGCUGACGAUAGCUCAUCGACUCAACACGAUAAUGGACUCAGAUAGAGUUAUGGUUCUAGACGAAGGUCGUCUGGUGGAAUUCGAUGAACCUCAUUUAUUACUCCAAAACCCCAAGGGUGUGUUCACACAGCUCGUCGAACAGACAGGUAAACGAUCCAUCGAUGUCUUAUGCGAGUCGGCCCGACAAGCUUACGAACUACGACACGAUGAACCAACGAAUACUCCCGACGACGAAACCGUAGGUACUCUUAGUACAAACAUGGCUGAUAUGGAGGUAGAAAACCCAGAUAAGAAAUCUAAUGAUAAUAAUGGUGAUGGUGAUGAUGAUGAUGAUGAUGAUGGCAAUGAUAGUGAUACACCGUUCAUAGAAUAUAAAGGUACAGCAUCAGAGACAAGCACUAGGUAGGCUAGAUGCAGGGAAAUACGUAGAGGGUGAAGGGGAGUGGGCCUAGAACA